UUAGUCUGUGGUCGGUGCAGGGCGGUCCGAGCUUCGCUUGUUGCGACUCCGUUCUUUCUGUUCUCUCUCUUUUAUGCUAUAUAUAUAUGUACAGACUUCAAUUUGCGAAUGAAAAAAAAAGAAAAAAAAAAGGGAUCUGCACAGAGAAAGUGAAAAAGGGUGAUAGCUGACAGAAGGGAGAGAAAGAAAGGAAACGGAAAAGGUGGUAUAUCAUUCACUUUAAGUAUAUCUUUUGCCACCUUCAGGCUGUUCGUCUGCCCAACUCAGAUCCAAUUUCCUCUCGUUUCUGGCCGUUCUGGCGGAUCUUUGCAGGUACGCGGUUCUUUUAUUCACCAUCGCCUUGCCUUUCAAAUGUCGUCUGCUUUUGGAUUUCUGGAAGUGGAAUUCGUGAAUCAUUCAAUGAGCCCGUUCGCCGGCUAUUUUUGGGCUUGGAUCUGUCUUGUUUGAUGCUGAUCAUCUUGCAUGGUACACGGAUUGGUGGCCUUAGCGUAUUGGAAGAGAUACCUGAGAAAGCUAGUAUCACAAUGUCGGGCUCUACAAAAAUUCUUGAGCCUGCAUUUCAAGGAGCUGGUCAAAGAAUAGGUACCGAGAUUUGGCGUAUUGAGAACUUUCAGCCGGUUCCUUUGCCUAAAACUAAUUAUGGUAAAUUCUACUCGGGAGAUUCAUACAUAAUUUUGCAGACUACUUCGGGCAAAGGUGGUUCUUAUCAGUAUGAUAUUCACUUCUGGAUCGGGAAAGACACUAGCCAAGAUGAAGCUGGAGCAGCAGCAAUCAAGACAGUAGAAUUUGAUGCAGCUCUUGGAGGUCGUGCAGUUCAACACAGGGAGCUUCAGGGUCAUGAAUCUGACAAGUUUUUGUCUUAUUUCAAGCCAUGCAUCAUUCCUCUUGAAGGGGGCGUUGCCUCGGGCUUCAAGACGCCAGAAAAGGAGAAGUUUGAAAACCGUCUUUAUGUUUGCAAGGGAAAAAGAGUUGUUAGAAUGAAGCAAGUUCUGUUUUCCCGGUCUUCACUGAAUCAUGAUGAUGUAUUCAUCUUGGACACUGAAAAUAAAAUAUAUCAAUUUAAUGGAGCUAAUUCUAAUAUCCAAGAAAGAGCAAAAUCCUUAGAAGUGAUACAAUAUUUAAAGGAUAAGUACCAUGAAGGAAAGUGUGAAGUUGCAAUUAUUGAUGAUGGGAAACUUGUAGCAGAAUCAGACUCGGGGGAAUUUUGGGUCCUCUUUGGUGGUUUUGCACCAAUCGGUAAAAAGCCUGCAGGUGAAGAUGAUGCUGUUUUGGAAAUUACUCCACCUAAAAUUUAUAGUAUCAAUGAUGGUCAAUUAAAGUUGGAAGAAGGCACUCUUUCCAAAGCAAUGCUUGAAAACAAUAAAUGCUAUUUGCUGGAUUCUGGUGCUGAGAUUCACGUUUGGGUUGGCCGGGUAACACAACUGGAGGAGAGAAAAGCUGCUUACAAAGCUGCUGAGGAACUUAUUAAUAGUGAGAAUCGAUCCAAGGCAACCCGAAUAAUUCAAAUUAUUCAGGGUUAUGAGACACAUUCAUUCAAAUCGAACUUUGACUCCUGGCCUAUGGGUGGUACAGGAAUCAGCGGUGGUGAGGAAGGAAGAGGAAAAGUUGCAGCUCUGUUAAAACAACAGGGUGUUGAUGUAAAAGGGAGCGCAAAAAAUGCUCCUGUGAGUGAGGAGGUUCCACCUUUGCUUGAAGCCGGUGGGAAAGUUGAGGUUUGGCGAAUCAAUGGCAGUGCCAAGACAAGAGUUCCAAAAGAAGAGAUUGGCAAAUUCUACGGUGGAGAUUGCUAUAUUGUGUUGUUCACAUAUCAUUCUGGUGACAAGAAAGAAGAAUAUUUCCUAGCCUGUUGGAUUGGAAAGGAAAGCAUUCAGGAUGAUCAAAUGAUGGCUGCUCGAUUGGCUAAUACAAUGUGGACUUCCAUGAAGGGGAGACCUGUUCAGGGUCGCAUUUUCCAAGGAAAGGAACCACCGCAGUUCAUUGCACUCUUUCAGCCAAUGGUGGUCUUGAAGGGCGGCCUAAGCACAGGCUACAAGAAGUCUAUAGCAGAGAAAAAUAUGAAUGACGAAACCUAUGGUUCUGAUAACAUUGCACUAAUUUGUGUGUCUGGAACUUCAGUCCACAACAAUAAAGCAGUUCAAGUUGAUGCGGUUACCGCGUCUUUGAAUUCCCAUGAUUGUUUUCUUUUGCAAUCUGGAAAUUCACUUUUCAUUUGGCAAGGGAAUUCAAGCACCUUUGAGCAACAUCAGUGGGCCACAAAGAUCGCAGAAUUCCUCAAGCCUGGGGUUUCAUUGAAACAUGUUAAGGAAGGAACAGAGAGCUCUGCUUUCUGGUAUGCUCUUGGAGGAAAACAAAGUUUCUCAAGCAAAAGAGCUGUGCCAGAUAUUGUUAGAGAUCCUCAUUUAUAUACCUUUUCAUUCAAGCAGGGAAAAAUAGAGGUCACUGAAGUGUUCAACUUCUCGCAAGAUGAUCUGCUCACGGAGGAUAUGCUGAUACUUUGCACCUAUGCCGAAGUUUUUGUUUGGAUUGGUUAUUCUGUUGAAUCGAAGGAAAAACAGAAAGCAUUUGACAUAGGCCAGAAAUACAUAGAUCUUGCAGUGUGCUUAGAUGGGCUAUCUCCAGAUGUGCCCCUUUACAAAGUCACUGAGGGUAAUGAGCCAUGCUUCUUUACUGCAUAUUUCUCCUGGGAUAGCACAAAGGCAGUUGCUCAUGGAAAUUCUUUUGAUAAGAAGCUUGCUUUGCUGUUUGGAACUGGUUUUCAAGCUUUGGAGUCUAACGAGAAGCCCAACAGUACAAAUCAAAGUGGACCCACUCAGAGGGCAUCAGCUUUAGCCGCACUAUCUUCUGCUUUUAAUCCAUCUUCCAAAUCUGCAGCUACCGGUCCCAAACCAAUCCGUUCCAGUAAGGGUGGUUCACAAAGAGCAGCUGCAGUUGCUGCUUUGUCAUCUGUUCUAACAGCUGAACAGAAGAAGGCACAAUCUGAAGGUUCAACGCAUCGACAUAGCAGAACCUCCUCCCCUGAUUCAACUGCAUUUGAAUCAUUUAAGAUAGAGACAGCAACUUCUGAGACGGAGGAUCCUGUUGAAGUUGCCGCAGUGAAGGUAGAAAAUGAAGUGGAUGGAUUUGAAUCAGAAAGCAAUGGCACAGUUGCAGAGGUUAACCAGGACUCAUUUGCAGAAGAUAAAAAUGGCGAAAAAACCUUCAGUUAUGAACGUCUGAAAGCCAAAUCCAGCAACCCAGUCACUGGUAUCGACUACAAAAGGAGAGAGGCUUAUUUGUCUGACGUGGAAUUCCAGACUGUUCUUGGAAUGACAAAAGAUGCAUUUUAUCUGCAGCCAAAAUGGAAGCAGGACAUGCAGAAAAGGAAGGUUGAUCUCUUCUAAUCUCAAAUAUCUCAGCAGCUAAAUUCAGUUGCUCGUGUUAUUAUUAUUAUUUUUUAUUGUUUUCCUCCACUUUCUGCUUAUUUGAGAGGUUGAGAUAUAUGCUGUAUUGGUCACUGUCAGUAUUGCUUGCUUGUUGAUGAUUACUACUGCUGGUUUGCUGGGGUGAUUUUUGCAGCGCUAGUCAUUCUUUUAUUUGUAAAGGAGCAUUGUUUGUCUUGGGUGCUCAGGGUUUUGGGUUUUGUCCUGUUUGUUCUUCUCGUCAGAAGGGUCCAUAUGCAUAUAUUUUGGGUUGCAUGCGCAUGGAGCUGUCUGUUAAGUCGGCAUAUAAAUGUUGUGUGCUGCAUUAAAAACUACAAUGUAGUGCUUUUUAAAUUAUUUCCAGUCAUCUGCGUUCAGCAGUCAUAUUCA